CAAGGCAUACCGGAUCGUCUUGUGUCUGGCCACAGUUCUCGGGGCAGGCGAUGAUGUGUGGCGGAAGUGCAGGGGUUUUCUAAGAGCACUGAGGGCAUCUCCACCAUAGUUCUUGACACAUGUUUGCUGUGUGUACCAAGUGUAUGCGUGUAUCAAAUAUGCGACAGCAAGGACGGUCUGUCGGAUAUGAACAGAAGGAACCCAUAUGUAUAGCUGAUGAUCAAGGGAAUAUAUUGAAUGAGUAUAAGGAAGUGGCCAGUGAAUGGAGCCAUGGUUCGCGAGGCCGUAGUGAAUAUUACAAGAUCAGACGCAAGUACUUACGAGCCUGUGAACCGUUGCACCACCGCGCAAAGGGACUGGUAUCGAGUAACAUAUGCAGCAAACUCGCGGAUUGCCAUCGACUAGAGCCAAUGACUGGCGUAGGAGAUGCCGCGAUGGCUAUCCCUAUUUCAUGCGAGCACAUGAGCCGAGCGAGCAGCUUGUUCAAAACUUCUGAAGUCAUGUUUGACAUGGUCGAGUUGGGGUUCCAGCAAACUUGAGCUUCGCUGGUGGCCAGGGCCCGUGGCUGCCCAGGUGUUUUGGUGGAUGUGAUAUGUCGUAGACGGCAUCACGUGAAACCACAACGUUGCUGCCUAAAGCACAUGGCACCUCACAGGACUCGGCCAGCCAAGGACUCGCAGCACACGACGAGGUACUAACACAGUACAUGCGAACACGAACG